GACUUUUGCUAUUUAUUAAUCACGAUUUCUCAUUUCCAAAAUCGAGUCUUUAUCAAUUUGCACUUCCUAUACUGUACCUCAAAAAGAAGAUUUGUGUGUGUUUUGGAUUCUACCCACCGAAAGCAUCCGCAAGAGGAAGAACCUACAGUAAUCGCGUCAACGAUGAAGGCGGCUUGGGAAAUCAAGAGGAAUUUUCCGUUGAUUGCCUCUCCCUAUGAAGAACAGAAGAUUUCCAAUGCCAAAAAGUGCACCCAAGAAGGAGUUCGGGCUGGAGCCAAAUCAGCUUCCAUUGCGUGUGUUACCAGCGCCAUUCCCACUUUGGUGGCUUGUCGUAAAAUCCCAUGGGCGAAGGCGAAUCUCAACUAUACAGCCCAGGCACUAAUCAUAUCUGCUGCUACAAUUGCUGCUUACUUCAUUGCAGCCGACAAAGCUAUCUUGGAGUGUGCUAGGAGGAAUACUCAUUAUGAAAAAUCGGGAUGAAUUUUGAGUGAUGGGAGCUUUUUAUUUAUGCUUUCUUUGAGAUUUUAUGAACCCAAUCACCAUGUUUUCUUUUACAUUUUACUUUUUCUUCUCUAAGGUUGUUAAGAUAUUAGAAGAAGAAUCCAAUUGGGUUCCUUCAUAAGAAAUAAAAAUGAAACAAUCUUAUGUUU